GCCCCAAGGCCCUCAUCUGCUCUCUCCACUUCCUCGCUUCCAAGAGGAGACUCUGGCUACUACUCUGCACUUGACCAGGUGGCUCGCUCCAUUCCUCCUGUACCAGCUCAUUGCAUUGAUCUCUGCAAUCGCCUUGGUGGCACGCAGGAGGAGGUCAAGGCGAGGGCUACGAGAGCUUGGGAAGCUGGACAUUGGGCCAAGGCAGUUCUGGAGGGCAAGAUCAACCGACCGAGGCCAACGCCGAAGGUCGCGCAAAAGCCAUCCUGUUACAUCAUCCUCAGGGCGCCUGGGAUCACCUCUCCGAUCCGUGUGGAUACUGCUGCUGAGGAAGCAUUCUCCCUCGCUUUGAGGAAGGAUCAGUCUCCCAUUCCUUCCCUUCUUUGGCAGAAGGCAGAGUCUAUUGCUUGGCUUCGGGACACUCGUUCCCUGAGCUCGGGAGGCAAUGACUUCGAUAGCUUUGGAGGAUGUGAAGACUUUGGACCAAGGUAUGGUUAUGGCCCAUGUGGUGAGGAUGGACUUUGCCGCUUGGGGUUUCCCUCCUGGUCCGAAGGAGGCUCUGGUUUUUCCUAUUAUGAAGAGGAGGGAUGGACUGAUGUGUGCAGUGCCAGAGGGCUUCUUCCCCACCGAGGUCCUAGAUGGUGGCAAUUUUUCGGAGAUGGAGGACCUCACGCAGAAGUUCCUUUGGCCAUCGAAGUGGCGUGUCUGCUGAUCGACUUUCACGUGGGGAUCAUGGAGUACCUGCGUGGCUUCGACCCUGUGACCGAAGGGGAUGGCAUUGCCACCUUUGCCCAGGACAACAUCGAUAUCUUCCCCGAGUCGAACUCGUUGCUCAUGGCUGCAUACCAUUGGGCCGAAGAAGGAGGGGACCGUGUCAAGUUCUACUCUGCAGCAGAGGAAGGGGGGGCAGCCUAUGCCUGCCUCUCCGGCUCAUGCCGAGCCCAAGGGGAAAGCGAAGGCCUUGGCAGAGCAGAUAGCUGCGAUCUCCGAGGGCUUCUCCGGAGAAGGUUGCAUGCCCAAGAGCUCCUGGCCUUGACCAUGGUGACUGUGGAGCAGGCUGCGCAAGAUGGCUCGAAAUGGGAGGCCGAUGGCAGCCUUCGUGAUGACGGCAGAAUCUCUUGGGAGAAGUUGGAGGAGUUUUCCUUUAGGAGGAGGAUCCAAGUCGACCGAGCCUUCCACGUGAUCAUCGUGGCGCUCAAUUUUUGGCAUGCUGACUUCACUUUUGUACCAUUGGAGUCACUUUGCCGAGAACCUACCUCUGCACAACUUCGUAUCUUUCGGAACCUCAAGAGGAUGCUCAAAGCUUUUGGUAGCUGCGGAGAGGUGUUUCAAGUCCCCGCAUGCGGCCGAAGAAUCCCUACCUUGAUGGCUCUGCUCUCAGACCUCUGGGAAGGUGCUGGAGGAGACCCAUAUUCGCGUGUGUUCCCUGGAUCCAAGGAUGGCCUGGCAGAGAUAGUUCCUCGAGACUUUGGAAGGGCUGAGGAGUUGAUUCCAUAUCGAUCACUUGACCCACCUUUUCUUUCUGAUCCAUUAUGGAUGGCCUAUAUGGAGCCACGCUCUCUGUUGUGGACUGGAGACCUACGUUCUUCGGCAGUCCCCGAUGUGUCAAGAGAAGACCCCAAGGCUGUUGCCGACUUGGUGCCGAUCUGGGAUGCAAAAGGCCUGCUCUACCUCAAGGAUCGCCCUUUGGCUGGAGGAGGAAGUGACUUGGCUAUGAGGUUCUUCAAUUGCUACAAGUCCUUGGAGGUUGACAGGAUGAUUGGAGACCGUCGGGCUUGCAACUAUGUGGAGGGACGUCUUACUUUGGUUUCUCCUGGUUUGCCUGCUGCGCAUUGCCUCUUUGACCUGGAGGUCAGCUUGCCUGGGAAUCGUCUGUCGAUCUGCUGCGCGGACCGAAAAGACUUUUAUCACCAGUUCCGAGUGAGUGAGCAGCGGGCAGUUUCGAACGCUUGUUAUCCACUGAUUGACAUCAAGAAGACUUCAGCUUUUCAGGCAUGGUGUCUCCGGAACUUGAAGAGAAAGAAGUAUGACCGGCUCUUGCAUGGCGACAGGCUGAUCGAGUGCAUCCUUGGCUCUGAUGACAAGGACAUCUGGGAUGCUGAGAAGGCAAAGAUCAUCGGAGCAGAGCCCUUCAUGUCGCUCUUUGAUGAGGUCUACAAGCUGGUCAAGUCAGACGAAAUCUCGCAAGACAGUCCAAAACUGCAUCGCCUUCCUUGCAAGGCCGCACAGGAAGUUCAGCUUGCUGCAGUGCUGUGUCCCCUUUUUGCCACUGAUCUCUCGGCGGACUUCUUGCCUACUUUAUUUGCUACGGACGCCUCAGAUGCCAAAGGUGCAGUGGUUGCAAGAGAGAUUUCUGAAGGUUGCUCGAGUGCUUUGGAGGACGGGCAGGAAGAAGACCAGCUAUGUAUGCUCACAAGGGCAGAGGCUGUGGUGCGCAAACUUGACUGGGACUCCGAAGAAUACCAGUUCGGAUACAAGGAGCCUGAGGAAGAACAAGUCUCCGACCCAGAGCGCCCCAGAGCUUUCAGGACGAAGAUGAGGAGCCUUAAAGAGUGGCAGUUUUUCCUGGAACACGAGCUAGCUCAUGAGACUUGGUUGGCCUCCUGCAUGUACGGGUCUGUCCAUAAGAAGGAGUUCCUCUUCCUUUUUGCCAACAUGGAGACGGAGUUCUUGCACCGGAAGUGCUCAAGAGAUCAUGCACAUGUGCAAAUAGCUGGAAGCUAUGCAAAGCCUUCUGCUACCUACACGGAUGAGCUGGCUGAAGCUUUGGCUUCUGCCUUCGACAGAGCUCUGAAGACAAAGCUCAGGAGCGCGGCUCUUGAGCCAUUCGAGUUGAAAGGACAGGGCUCUGAGGUCGCCAAAGUGAUUGCAAUGGACUCCAAUGUGGGCCUCUCCGCAUUGGUCAAAGGUCACCCCUGCCGUGGUGGAGAGACCAAGAUUCCUGGCGCUGUUCACAUUUCGCCUUCAAAGCCUGGUCGGCUCGAGGGCCAGAGCGAGGAGGAGGAGUUGGAUCUGGAUCGUGGGAGUUCGACGAGACAGUUGGCUUUCCUGGAGAAGGACCUGAGACAGUCAAGGCAGGAGCCUCCGUGCCACCGCCUGGCACUUCCAUGGCAAGCACUUUUGCGGGAUUUGAUCCUGCCGUCCGACGUCGAGUUCACCAUCUCCUAUGGCAUGCUUCAGAUUGCUGAAGCAAAGACCCGGUACAGGGCUGCGAGGCACCAAAUUGCAAAGAUAGAUCAGCCCCAGCUGUUGAUGGUGGUUAGCCUCGCCUUCGAAAAGUUGAAGCCAGAGUUCAAGCUCUGGCCGCUGUCGGGCCAGACGAUGCGCAGCCGCUUUCAGCGGCUCCUGGAAGCUUGUGGUUUGGACAGGUUACCCGACAACCUGUCCAGAGGCAUAGACCUUGGCAGCUUGAGGGCUGGCGGAGCCUCGUGGCUGCUGAUGGUUAGCGAGGACUCGGAGAUGACGAGGAGGAGGGGGAGGUGGAUCUCAUCGAAGAUCAUGGAGAUCUACGUGCAAGAAGCUUGGUCCAUCCAAUUUCUUCAUGCCCUUCCCCCGUCGACGAAGAAGACAGUUUUGGAUGGUGCCAGAGCCUUUCCUUGGUUGCUGGAACAGGCCAUGAAAUGGCAUCGGGCCUUGGUCCCAGAAAGAAUCUGGUUCCUACUCCUGCGCCGCUUGACAGAGCAUGAGCUGCAGUUGAUGGGUGAGGACGAAUUCACACUUUUGGCCAUGACGGCCUGUGUGCACCACCCCUCAG